AUGUUGAUGAUUAAUGUAGAAGAUGGAGAAGACAAAUGUGGAAAGAAAGCUCCAACUGAAAUGGAAAAGACCAUUGAGAGUUCACAGGCCAGUCCACACGAUUAUUCUUCACAUACAGUUAUCACCGAUGUGGAUAAAAGGGAAAGCAAGGAAAUCCUAUCCCAAGAAUCAGAUCUGGAGAUAUCUAACCUCUCAGGUAGUUCAUUAGAGGACUCUUACUCUGCAGUUAGAAAACCUGUAAAAGUGAUUCUAAAUUCAGAAGAAAAUGGCACACCACAGCCGGAGCAACCCUGGAAGAAAAUUAUUUUUGAAAAAGUGGAGGCACGAGCCCAAGCAAUGCAGCAGGUGAUUAAAAGGGAGGAUAAUCUGAAGAAGGAACUCGAAAAAAAGAGCAUCAAAAAACUCUCAAGGGAAGAUUUGGCCAAAGAGUGGUUUGAUACCGAAGAGACAAACCUGGAUACUCGUGCUUAUUUGCUUGACAAACUUCUCCCCACCUUAAUUCCUGGAGUGGAAAAAAUGUUAAUGCAAGUGGAAAAGAAGCAGCUUAAGAAAGAAAGUGAUAUUCCCACCAAGUUUGACCCAAUUGAUUAUUUGGGGGAAUACCUGAUGAGAAACAAUCCUUAUCAUGUCAAAGGCCUGAGUAUGUCUGGCUAUCAGAGUGUAAUGAAAGAAGUCACAGAACAAUUGAAAGUACAUGUUCCCAACACUACUUGCCACAGAGUAACCCAGAUGAAGGAGAGUGUUAAACAAAAUCGACAACAAAGAGAAAGUAUAGACAAAAUUAAAUUUGAGGUGACUAACACACGGAAGCAAGCCCUGGAAGAAAUGUUUAAAGAAUGGACUGUAGACCCCAACGAAAUGAUUCCUCUGAUAGUGAUUCAAAAUGUUCUUCAUGACUUUUAUCAAAAUUCAGAUUUUGAACUUGGUAAGCAUUGUUAGGAAUUGAUUAUUGUUAACUCAAUGGAACCAAGACUGGACAAAAAGGAAUUUACAGAAUUUGUCUCUUCACAAACAACAGACCUUACAACUGAAAUAUUUCAGGAACUGCUGAAACACUUUUGCUACUAUGCAGAUGAGUUCCGGAAAGUCAUAAAAACUGAUAUGCAAAGGCAGAAAUUUGCUGAACUAUUCAUGUAUUGUGAUCAUGGGAAGGUGGGGUUUUUGGAUCGGCAGAGGACGUUGGCCUUGCUGGAAAUAUUCUAUGACCAAAGUCCAAAACUAGUUAGAAGUUUACUCCGAAACCCAAGACAAUGGCCAUUUGUUGAAUUUGAAGAGAUAAGCCUGUCUGAGUUUUGGGGAGACAUGGACAGUCAGAAACACAUUUAUGAAGACUUUGAUGAACUGUUCUUAGACAUGAAAACAUUAUAUUCUCAAAAAUUCAAUGAUGAGAUAAAUAUAUUAGACAAUCCAGAAAAUAAAUACAAAUAUGAGGAUCUAGCACCAAGCUUAUCAGAACAGCAGAAAGAGAUAAGUGUAGAACAUGAACUAUAUGGAGAUUUAAGUGACCAAGAUGAAGAUGAAAAAGAGAGUGUAAAAGAGAAUGUUAAAAAUGACAAAUCCUGUGAACCCAAGUCCCUGGAAAUUGAAGGAAAAAUAUGGGAAGGGGAACUCUGGACUUAUAACUGGAAGACAAAGUUUGCCAAAGAUGAAGAGGAGGAAGAGGCAAAUUUAAUCUACAAAAAUUCCAACUUUGCAGAUCUACAUCCAAUUAUCAGAAACAUUCAGUCUUUCAGGAACAUAAAAAAUAGGAGCAUUUUCAGCAGAAUUUCUCUCAACUUAAUCCAAUUUGUGCAACUCCUGGAGACAUUUGUUGGUGAAGAUACCCUCUUGAGUGUCAGUGAGAAUCUUGUCUCCUUCUUUAAGAUGAGCUAUGCUGAAACAGAAGAAGAGAAAAUGAGUAAUUUAGAAGAGGCUAAACAAAAGACUUCCAAAAUUGUACGGAAACUUCUUUUAGAAGCCCUCUUUCAGAAAUGGGAUAGUAAUGCCUCAGGCUUCCUGAAUCUGGAUGAAGUUGAUGAACUCUUGUAUAAAUACAAAGAAGGAAUGGAAAAAGAAUCUAUGAAAAGGGCUAAACAACACAUCACAUUUCCAAAACCAUGCUCUGGUCAAGAAGUGAAGUUAUCUUCAAAACAUUUUCAUAAAUACUUAGAAUUGGUUGUGUCUGAGCUCCAGGGUAAUGAAGAUCUUGUUCUGGAAAGUAUUGUGGAUUUUCUGAUGAAUGCUUUGCAAAGAACACAUGUUGAGAAUCUGAGGAAUCAGGCCAGACGAAAGUGGCAGCACAAAAUCCAACUUGCGGCUGAGACAAGUGGGGUAUCCAUGGAGCCAGUUUAUAAUCAGACCUUUAAGGCCCUUACCCAGGACGCUGAAGCCCAUGGGAACAAGACCAUAAGUGCCCACAUUUCCCUCUUAGAAGAAAACAAAAAACUACCAGAUCGAGGGAAUGUUCUAUUAAGAAAUGUGGCUUGUACAUUGGAUGACGCACCAUUUGUCCUGAACAAAGUUCUGUACAGGGACAUGAAGGGGAUCAGCUUUACAGUUAUAGAUGAAGGAAAGCCAAUACAUGUCCCCCAAGUUCAGUACCACGGAAAUAUAAUGUUUUGGAAUGAUACUGAGAGUGAUCAUAAUGGGUCCUUCCUAGCUCUACCUCUUCAAGAUGCAUAUCUGAGAAUUUUUGGGGUCCUGGCUAUUGACACCUUAAGAGAUCCUCAGAAAAUAAACAUCUUUCUACAUCAUGAGAUUUGUUUCUAUCAAGGGGUUACCAAUGUCUUUAGUACUGCCUAUCACUAUGUCCACAGCAGGGAGCACAUUCUGCAUAUUGUGAUCACUGGCAUUGGUUGGCUCUAUAAUACCACAGUCAACAUCAGCUCUAUUGCUACAUAUUUUGUUGAGCCCAGUCCAGCAAAGGACUCAGACUAUGUCCUACGCAAUCUGAUGACUACAGGGGACAAGGGUCUAACAGAUAUCUAUAAGAAUCCCCCUGUCAUCUUCAGGAAAGCAUGCAUCUUCAGAGAUUUCCUCUUUAAGUGUGUAGACACUUCAGAAGUCAUUUUGACCUCUCCCUGUGGAGAAACCCACAUGUCAGUUCCACUUCGUGAGUUAACAGGAGAGGUUUUGGGAGUCUUGGACUUUAAUUUUGGCAGGAUUAAGAUGGUGCUCUAUCAAGAUUUUAAAGAUAUACAGAAAAUGAUAAAGGUGAUCCAAGCUGCCUGCAAUGAAAUACUGGGCGAGUUUGCUGGAGAGAUAAAGAAAAAGAAUAUCUUAGAGAUUGAGUGUAAAGGAGAAGUCCAGAGGGCAGGAGUUCUUUUCUUCCGAAUCAUGCUGCAAGAGAUACGGGAAGGUCUCCAGCAAGUUCCCUUUUUGGAUUUCGUCUCCCUGUUUCUCUAUGACACUAAUCCUCCAACAAUGCCAAUUAGAACAUCCCAAGACGUGGAAGAGGAAACAAAGCUAGUCUGUGACAUCUUAACUGCAGUUCUUUUGUUCUUUUAUCCUAAGUUGGACACAACAAAUUGGGAAAGAUGUAAACUGCAUCUUAACAGACUAUUAAUUGAGAAAAUUUGUUCCUUUGAUCCAACUGCUGAGCAUCAGGAAAUUAAUUUACAACUCAUUGAUGAAUACAUUGGAGUUCAUUCUAGGUCUGAAGUCUGGAGAUUUGGCAAUAUUAUCAUUGAGGACCUAUACCACUGGAUACACAUCUGUGUAGCUCUCAUGGUGCUAAAGGACAAUGUAAAUAAUGCUUUUGUACCCCCAUUGCCCUCCAAGACUGAUUCUUCUAUGUAUGCCAAAAUGCCAAGAACAUACAGGAGAAGUGAGGCAGAAGAUAAGAAAAGUCUCUUGGAUGAUCAUGACAACAUUGUGAUCCCUUCCAGUAGCCAGUCUCAAUACCAUUAUCUUCAUCUUAUAAAGGAGAAAACAGAUUUUCAGAACUUCAAGAGACUGGGUGGGCCAGGCUCCAAAGAAUUCCUGAAGAGUGAAAACCCCCGGGGGGCGGGGCUCCGGAGGCUCAAGUCUUGCGAGAAUUCACGCGAUUUGGUUUGCGAUGCGUCAUCACGCAUGACGCACGCCGACGUCGGCCACGCUUAG